AUGGGCAAGGGCCAGAAGUACUUCCCGCCCGCGAAGAGAGGCAAGUUGCGCGCCUUCUUGAAGGGCACUGGCAAGAAGAAGGCUGUCAUGAAGAGCGCCGCAGCGAUGAAGAUGAAGAGGGGAGAUGCCCCCAAGACUCGCGCCCCGCAGAGCGCGCCAUACGUGCGCCACGGAGCCUCGACGACAAAGUCGCGGCGAGACCGCGAACAGUGGGCACGCUGCCUGAAGGACAUCGUGAACCGCCCCCUGAGGACUAUCAUCAACUUGCUCAAGAAGGAUGGCGUCCUGCCCGAAUGGCACGGCGUGGCUUGUCCGUGCUGCCAGAGGUCAACGCUCGGCCCUCUCAAGGACUUCGGGGCGAAGGGGGGCGGGUGGGCGCGCGUGUGCAAGGGCAGAGACUGCAAGCGCCGCGUACUGCCCCAUGCCUUCCACCCUAUCUUUCGCGUCGGUACUGGGAAGUCCCAUGCUGGGCUUGGUGGCCAGGCUGCGAUCUUGUUCUGCGCUGUAUCUGGGUGCACGCAGACGACGGUUCGCUACCUGCUGAAAAAGAACCACAAGUUGGCGGAAUCCAUAUACAAGUCUCUGUACGAUGCCAGAGCCAAGUACGCGCGGCAGGAAGAGAAGAAGAUCCGCUUCGGCGAGGAUGUCGAGUGGCCCGGCGUCGAGGCGGACGAGGUCGACGUUGCCAGGGGCGAGGGCCCAGACGCCACCUCGCGCACCAAGAAGCCAGUGGCGUGGGAGCAGUGGGGCGGGAUUGUCCAGCGCGGAGACCCUAAGUCGCUCGUCCUCUUCAGGCUUCGCCCAGGGAAAACAGUGCGGAGGGCGCCAGGCCCAGGCCCGAUCCGCAAGCGCGACUGGGCCCCGCUGGCCAAGAAGUGGCUCAAGCAGCGCAAAGUCAUACUCCACGCAGACGGCGCCCGCUCCUACAAGCUGCGCGUUGACGGCGUGGUCCACGACUGGGUCGUCCACAUGAAGAAGCGCGUGAAGGCCGCUGGUGUUUGUGUUUGGGUGGGUGGGUGGAGGAGGGGAAGGUGGCCGUCCCUCGCCGACGCCGAUUGCGGCGGUGCCCUUUUCUGCCGCAGAGUCAAUUGGCUCGACCACUUGACCAGAGGUACGAUGUGGGCAUUGUCAGAGUCGGCGCAGGCAAAGGACAGUCGGCCCCUUUGCCGCCCCUCGCAGGUGAACGGCAAGUACGCGUGGGCCAAGCCAGCCUUCACGAAGGUCAGGUAUCACGACAUUGCAGACAAUGGAUGCUCCAACAAGAAGAAGCGCAUCUGGGUGAAGUGCGGGGCCCAGAUCAUUGACCGCGUCUGGGGCGGGUUGAGGCGCCACCUUGGCCCCAACCGCAAGGUGAACUCCCGCGCGCUGGCAAACAAGGUGAGGUCCUUCCAGUGGUGCCACUGGAACAAGGGCGAGGAACUGUGGGCGCAGACGGGCAAUAUGCUUACCGCUCUGUUCCAGCAGCAGCACGAGUCCCCUGGUAUAUCUCUGCUCAUGACCAACCUCCCCGCCCUCGGAAUGAAGUCCCUGAGGGCGCACUUGGAGGUCGAGGGGGCGGACAGCGAGAAGAUCCAGCAGGUAUUCGAAAAGGUCCGCGGCCACGGCUCGGCCGUCCCGAUGUACCAGACGGCGUUGCACCCAGAGAAAUUCCAGGACGAUCCCCCAGUUCUCUACUCUGUAGGGGAUCUCCCCCUCAUGCCGUCUGAAGGUUGCAGGAAGAUGAAGCAUGCCUUUGCCGUUGUCUUGAACUACCAGGGGGACAUCGACAUGGCCGCGGUGCGGGGGGCCAUGGCGGCCAACGACUACAAUGGUCUGCCAGAGCUAUUGCGCCCCAGAACAAACUGGGAAGCCCUUUACACGACGCAGUUGGCACUGGUGCCCGCUGGCGACGGCGACGGGACAGACAUCAUCAGGUACUUUCUGUUCUCGGGCCCGCAGCCGUUGGUCGACGUCGAGAACCGCCUCCCGCGCGAGAACGAAGUGUUGUACACGCUAUCUUGGGGCAAGGGAGCGGACGUCAAGACGCCGUGGAAAGUCUUGGUCCACAUGGUGGAUCGGCUCGGUGGCGCGCACUUCCGUAACCACCUACCCCCGCAGGAGAAGGGCGAAAAGGAGAAGAAGAAGAAGUGCCUUCCCCAGGACACGAUCGUAUCCCAGUACCAGUUCAUUAAGGACAACGCCCCGCGCGGCAACUUCGAUUGCGAACAGAUGAUGUGGAUCGACUUCCAGCUGAACGACCCGCAGAGCCCCAUCCACAGCUGGAAAGAGGGGAAGAUUAAGGAGGUUCUCUCGCACAUUAAGGACCAGGGCAUUCAGGCGAAAAAGAUCACGUACCACCCCAUCUUCAUCUUCGACACAGGGGGCGAGGGCGUCGAGCGCGCGAAGCGCAUCGUGCCUACUUUCAAGAGCCACUCCUGCCUCAUGGUCGGCGAGCCUGGCGAGGGGAAGACGCCGUACCUGGAGACGCUGGCAUUCGCCAUGGGCGACUACUACGCAGACAAGCUGGGGGGCCGCGGCUUGGCCUCGUUCAGAGAGGGGCCAGACCUGGAUUUCUUCAGGGCCGAAGAGGGCACGAAGCACUGCCCGUGCGUCUUUGAUGGCGGCGACUUGUUCGAGCAGCGCCCGAAGACGUUGAAGGCUUUCUUGGACGUCGGCCAGUUCCAGGCGAUGACGAGGGAGCGGUGGGGGGCUGCCAAGUUCGUUCGGGGCCAGGCGCGCUUCGCCGCGGAGAACAUGUACGACGAGACGGCUGCCCCCACCAUGGACGCGUGGCGCGGUCUGUGCAUCUUGUCGCCAGCUGAGGCCAAGCAGAAGCGAAACCAGUACUUCUUCGACAUGCUCAAGCGCACGUUCCCCAAGGACAUGUCCAAAGCGAACGUAAUGGCCCUCUUGAAGCGGUCCUCCGCGGUCGUGAACACCCCCAAUGACGCGUUCGAGCGCUCGGCGGGUUUGGACUCGGACGUGACGAGGGCCCCGAAGGUUGGCCACUACAUUACCAAGGCAGCGGGGAAUAUUCUCUACGACUACAUCCACAACGGCGCGAUGCGGGACGCCGAGGAAUACAACUCGCUGAGGGACAAGCAGCUCCGCUUCAUGAAGGCGCUGCUGGACAAGGGUUCCGUGCCCCUGCCUCUCUCGGUCAAGGAGGAGCAGCCGCCUGACGGCGCCGAGGGCGGCAGUAGUUCGUCGGCGGCCCGCGAGCCCCUCCCGCCCUUGCCCAAGCGCAUCUGCUGGGCGAGGUCGUUCGGGAGCAUCCCGGAGGUCGAGAUCGACCUCUCGAGCUCGCCCGAAGAGGCCCGCGGCGCCGCCGCCGCGCCCAGUAGCCAGGACCUCGCCGCUGCGCUCGCCGAUGCAGACAACGGCGAUCCGCUCGGCCUGGGCGGCGGAAUGAAUGCCGAUGCGUCGGCAACAGGUGUCAAGGCCGCGAAGAUGGGUGCUCUGACCAAGGCAGCAGGUGUCAAGGCCGUGAAGAUGGGUGCCCUGUCCAAGGCAACAGGUGUCAAGGCCGCGAAGAUGGGUGCCCUGACCAAGGCAGCAGGUGUCAAGGCCGUGAAGAUGGGUGCCCUGUCCAAGGCCGCCCCUGGCUUCCACGUGAGGAUGCGGUUCCGGCCGCCGCCGCCCAAG